AGUCUACGUCUGCUUUCGUGUUCACAAAGCCAAUCUCUUCUCUUGUCUCAUUUGCAAAUUCCCCAGUCUCUAUUCAUCUUUAUUAACAAAAGACAGACAGAGAAGCUCCAUGACGAAGCAGCACGCGAACUGGUCUCCUUACGAUAACAAUGGAGGAACAUGUGUGGCCAUCGCUGGAUCGGAUUACUGCGUUAUCGCCGCCGAUACUCGGAUGUCUACCGGCUACAGCAUUCUCACUCGCGAUUACUCCAAAAUCCAUAAACUAGCAGACAAAGCUGUGCUCUCUUCCUCUGGCUUUCAAGCUGAUGUGAAGGCACUUCAGAAAGUACUCACAUCAAGGCACUUGGUUUAUCAGCAUCAGCAUAACAAGCAGAUGAGCUGUCCCGCUAUGGCUCAGCUUCUCUCCAACACGCUCUACUUCAAGCGGUUUUUCCCUUACUAUGCGUUUAAUGUUCUCGGAGGGCUUGACGAGAAUGGUAAAGGGUGUGUCUUCACGUAUGACGCUGUUGGUUCGUAUGAGAAGGUUGGAUACAGUGCUCAAGGUUCUGGAUCGACUCUGAUUAUGCCGUUUCUUGAUAAUCAGCUCAAGAGUCCGAGUCCUCUGCUGCUUCCUGCCCAGGAUGCUAUCACUCCCCUUUCUGAACCGGAAGCAGUUGACUUGGUGAAGACUGUUUUCGCUUCUGCCACUGAGAGAGAUAUCUACACUGGGGACAAGCUUGAGAUCAUGAUUCUCAAGGCCGAUGGCAUCAAGACCGAAGUCAUGGACUUAAGGAAAGACUAAGUGAGACUUUGCGCAUAUGAGUGUUGGGAACAGAGCUGCACCCGUUAAAAGAAGGAUCUUAACAACUUUGUCGUUUUUCGUAAACAUUAGGCUCCCUCGGUUACCUUGAACUGUGUUUGAAGUUUAAAAACUGUUUCCUUAUGUUGUUAACAUAUCCUCGUUCUCUCAUUUAUGAACACAUGGUAGAGCAUA